AUGAAUUAAGACGACAAGGAAAAAAUAGUUGUUUGCGCAGUCAAUUCAGACAUCUAAUUGGAUGGCAUAGAGUUAUCUAUUGUUGAUUUUUUCUAUUCAAGUAAGGACUAAUGGUCGAUGAAUGAAAAGUAUUUCAAAAGGCUUGCAUAUCCUGAAGAACUAAGAAAGAAAAUAAUUUCAACAAUAAAGGAGUAUUCUAAGAAAACACAGGAAAAGCAUGAUGAUAAAUUGUAUAAUGAAUUGGAAAUCGAGUAUAGUGAAUUUAUAAAUACAACACUGAAAUAAACAGAAAAUGAAAUUCGAAGCAAUUCUGUUACUUUAUUUGCUUUUAAUACACUUCUUAUUUAAUUAAUAGAAAAUGAUGGUCAAAAGCCAAAAUCAGCACUAUUUUUGAGUAAGUUUUGCCAAUAAAUUGCCAAUGAAUACAAAUAAAGAGUAAUUUGUAACUUCUUUGCAUAUGACUUUUAUUUGAAAGGUAACGGAGGGCCCUUUCAAAUUAUUGGCUAGGCAAAAUUAUUGGAGCAGUAAGAUGCUUUAUUGAAUUUAUCAGGUUUUGCAUCAUAUACUCAAUAUAAGAAUAAGGAGGAGUAAGAAACUUAUUUUGGAGAUUUUAUUUGUCCUGCCAUGUUUGCUCUAAAUUAUGCAUCAAAUUGGAAAAAAGAAGUCUUAAAUUAAGCAUUCUAGGAUAAACAAAUUAACGAAGAAUUUCUAAAUCAAUUAAAAAGUUCAGAUAAAUUCAAGUAUACAAUUCUGUCUUUGGGUAAUCUAAUGGAUUUGAUUGAUCGGUAAUAGACAACCCCGGUGGUUAAGGUUGCAACAUUAAAAUAAUUUAUCUGUUAAGAAAUUCAAUCUUAUUUAGUGAAUAUUAAAUAAUAAGGGAAGGUGUUUGUAGGUGGCACUUUUCCAGAGGAAUUAUUUAAAUAUUUAUAAUCGGAAAUAAAAUAAAUAGAACUUUAAAAAUCCUAAGAUUAUGAAAAGAUCGAUUCAUUCAUUGUUGGGUUCAUGGCUGUGAGAAAAAAUAAGCAAUUAUUGAAUGUGUUUAAGGGAGUUACCAAGGCUACAAGUGAUCAUUGUAGUGGAAUCAUUUAUAUUGAAACUGAUAAGCCUAUAACAAUCAUAAAGCAACCAGAAGUUAAGAAGCCACCUUAAGUUUAGAAAUAGAAGUUGGAUCAUUCUGAAGAUUUUGACAUCGAACUACAAUUUUCUGAUCAGGUGUAGAAUAUAAAGUCUUAUUAAACAAAAUGGCAAAGCAAGAAAUGA